AUGGUGAAUAAAAUUGAUCCUAGAUCUUUGGGAAGUCCAAUGGAAAGCAAUAGUGCCAGACUUCCUAGCAACUCAUCGUCGUUGAGACUAUCAGCUCGGCCUCCAUUAUAUUCUGUACCCUCAUCGCAAUCUUUACGAAGUCUACAGAAUCUUUACACAUUUAAUGAUCCUCUUUUAGACACCUAUGUGAACAAUAAAUACAAGACCGUGGAGGAGGGCGAUAGUUUCAAAGACUUUGACUUCUCCGGAGGCUAUAAAGAAGAGUCUUUCGACAAGUUCGCUUAUUUAGCGUACUACAUGCCAGUAUUAAAAUGGCUCCCACAAUACCGUUGGAAAGAGAACAUUGUGGGUGAUUUUGUUGCAGGAGUAUCAUUAGCAUCUUUUCAGACGCCGCUAGUAAUGUCAUUUGCAACAUCUUUGGCUCAUUUGCCUCCAGUAUUCGGAUUAUAUUCUGUCAUUAUUGGAGCCUGUGUUUAUGCAAUCUUCGGCACUGUACCCAUUUUGGUAGUGGGUCCCACGCCCUCUAUUGCCUUAAUCAUUGGUCAAGUAAUGGAUUCUUCAAGACAUAAGCCUCCUCUUAAUGAGUACUCAGAAUUAGAUAUACUAACCUGCUUGUCGGCUAUCAUAGGAGGCGUUCUUUUGGGAAGUGGUUUAUUUAGGAUUGGUUUUCUAGAUAAGCUCUUAAGUAGAGCAUUACUAAAAGGUUUUAUUGGGGCCAUGGGUCUUAUUAUGAUUAUAAAUGAAUUAGCAACGCAAUUCGGAAUCUAUAAAUUAUCAUUAACAGAACCUCAUCUGUCAACAUUGAACAAAUUAUCGUUCAUAUUUCGUCACUAUGAUAGUACCCACAGGCUCACAUUCUUGGUAUCUGCAAUAACUCUAACUUCGGUUCUUGUCAUCAGGAAAAUGAAAACAAUUUUGACGAAAAGAUUCCAUGUAAAACAAGCAAUUUAUAUCCCAGACCUUCUACUCAUGGUUAUUAUUACCACAUAUCUCAGUUGGAAUUUUGAAUGGAAAGAAUUGGGACUUGAGGUAGUAGGCGAUGUUAGCAGUAACUCUACUAAAGUUAAGAUUAGUAAUCCUUUCAGUUUGACGAAAGCUCCUCUUUACAAAGAAUUGGUUUCGACGGCGUUAGUGUGCACGAUGUUGGGAUAUUUUGAUUCUACUACUGCUGCCAAAGCUCUUUCAACACAAUACAAAUUUGACGUUUCUUCUAAUAGAGAGCUAAUUGCAUUAGGUGCUGUUAAUUUUGUGGUAGGUCUACUUGGGGUGUUGCCUUCCUUUGGUGCCAUAGGAAGAUCUAAAAUUAACAUUUUAUCUGGAGCUAAGACACCUAUGGCUAGUAUUUUCAUGUCAAUAUUGGCAUUGAUCACGCUUUUGUAUCUCUUGCCCUUCAUUUACUAUCUUCCAGAUUGUGUCUUGGCGAUUUGUACUACAAUUGUUGGUAUCACCGUCCUAGAAGAUAUACCUUCAGAUCUAAAAUUCUUUUGGGAUGUUAGAGGAUAUGACGAACUUUUAACGUUCGCUAUAAUUUUUUUAACUACAAUGUUGUGGAGUGCUCAAGCUGGUGUUACUCUUGGAUUUUUGAUUGCUAUCUUUAGAGUUAUUAAACAAGGUACAAAGUCAAGAAUUCAGGUCUUGGGGCGUGUUCCAAACUCUAAUUCCUUUAGAAAUGCCGACGCACUAAUUGAGGAAUGCUUUAGUGCAUAUUCUAGCCAAUAUGGAACUGAUGAAUCUCUCGGAAGAGACUCUGUUUUGGCCAAUUUAGUGGCAGAAAUCGAAGAGAUAGAAGGUGUGUUGAUCAUAAGCAUCCCCGAACCCUUAAAUUUUGCAAAUUCAUGGGACCUUAAGAGUAGCUUAUCAAAGAUUGAAAAGUAUGGCACGUUGCUUGUACAUCCGUCACAGCCAGUGAAACGUGCUUUCAAUAAAAGCACUAUUAAGUUUAUCAUCAUUGACUGUAGAGGUAUGGACUACGUCGACACGUCAGCAAUCCAAGUCCUACUUGAAAUUAUCAAAAAAUACAUCGAGGAUUUUGGAAUAUUGGUAUGCUUCUCCAGAGUUCCAGUCAAUUUGCAGGUGAGAGACAAGUUUAUAAGAUCUGGAAUUCAAGACUUGGUCAAUCAAUCCUUCAAGUUCUAUAUUGAAAAAUUGCAUAACGAUGCUACGGCAUCUCGGCCUGUGAAUAUAGGUAUUUCUUCAAAUUCGAUGGGUGAUGGGUUCUUCCUUAGUAUUGACGAGGCAGUCAGAUCGAUAAGGCUAGAAGUCUUGUAA